GAGUCUUGCUCUGUCGCCCAGGCUGGAGUGCAGUGAUGCGAUCUCGGCUCACUGCAACCUUCGCCUCCUGGGUUCAAGUGAUUCUCCUGCUUCAGCCUCCCGAUAGCUGAGAGUACAGGCGCGUGCCAUCGCACCUGGCUAAUUUUUUGUAUUUUUAGUAGAGACAGGGUUUCGCCAUGUUGGCCAGGCUGGUCUCGAACUCCUGACCUCAGGUGAUCCACCUGCCUUGGCCUCCCAAAGCACUGAGAUUACAGGCAUGAGCCACCGCGCCCAGCCUUAUGUAUAUAUAUUUAAUUAAUAAAGCAAGUACUGCCAGGUGCGGCGGAUCACGCCUGUAAUCCCAGCACUUUGGGAGGCCAAGGCGGGCAGAUCACCUGAGGUCAGUUUGAGACCAUCCUUGCCAACAUGGCAAAACCCUGUCUCUACUUAAAAUACAAAAAUUAGCUGGGUGUUGUGGCGGGCAUCUAUAAUUCCAGCUACUUGGGAGGCUGAGGCAGGAGAAUUGCUUGAACCCAGGAGGCAGAGGUUGCAGCGAGCCGAGAUUGUGCCAUUGCACUCCAGCCUGGGAGACAGAGUGAGACUCUUGUCUCAAAAAAAAAAAAAAAAGCAAGUUCAUUAGUUCAUUGGCUUCCUGCUGGCCUCAUGUUCACCCCUUACCAGUUGUGUGACUACUACUUUUUAUUUUUUUGAGGCAGGGUCUACUCUAUCACCCAUACUGGAGUGCAGUGGUGCGAUCAUAACUCAUUGCAGCCUCUAAUUCCUGAGCUCAAUCGAUCCUCCUGCCUCAGCCUCCCGAGUAGCUGGGACUACAGACGCAUGCCACCACACUUGGCUAAUUUUUGUAUUCUUUGUCGAGAUGGGGUUUUGCCAUGUUGCCCAAGCUGGUCUCAAAUGACUACCUCAUUUUUAAGCCUAAAUUUUCUCAUCUGUUUAGUGGGAAUUAUACUGGGACGGGGUUGAGAAUUCAGUGCAAGUUCAGGUGUCCACAGGGCCUGGCAGAAUGUAAGCCUUCGAUCACUGGCACCUAUUGUGUUACUGAUUCUAUUAUCAGGUGCCUCUGCUUCUGGAUUGUCAACCCCAAGUUGGGCUCUGCCCCGUGAUCUGCCAGCUCUUUAAUAGAACCAGCUGGGACAUGUCUGAGCUGAGCCCCAAGCCCCGCUCCUCUGCCAGUCGGAUGGGGUUAGGACUCUGGGCUGCCCUCCAAAAGGCUGUCAGGAAGGCGCUGAGUUCUGGCUGGAGGCAGAAGUGGAGACACUUACAGGGGGGGCGCAGAAAGAAAAAAUUCCUCUUAAAUAGAGGCGUGUAUUUGUGAUUCUGCCUGGCUUGUUUCCAUUCAUCCUUCAUGCUUCAGCUCAGCUAGCCCCUUCCUCAGGAAGCUCUCUUGACCUCCCUAGGCAGGGUUGGUUGCUUCCUCUGGACUCCCAGGGCCCUCUAGGGCUCCCUGAUUCCAGGCUUGAUCAUUGUACCCUUGCUUCCCUCAUCACAGCCCUGACCACUCUGGGCUGUCUUUUUUCUUUUUUUUAGAGAUAGGGUCUCACUCCCUCCCAGGCAUAGCUCACUGCAGCCUCGAACUCCUGGGCUCAAGCAAUCCUCCGACCUCAGCCUCCCGAGUAGCUGGGACAACAGGCGUGGGUCACUCUUGUGUCAGUCUCCCAGUUAGACUGGGAGCCCCAUGAAUGCAUGGUGCAGGAUGGUCUCAUCAUUACUGAGUCUCCAGGAUCAUCCAGCGAGGGGUCAGCAGAAAGUGGGCAUUGAACAAAGCUUUGGUGAGUAGCUAAGGAUCCCCACUCUGUCCACACGGGCACAGGGGACACCUGACCCUGUGGUGUCCGCUGUUCCCACUCCGAGGCUCACAACUUGGCGAAUGGAGCGAGAAUUGGAUUUCAGUUUGCCCCUUGCUCCGUCAGCGGCGCGCCCUGAUGCAGUGCACAGCCUUAGCUGCUGUGCGCGUUGGGGGGCGACUCCUCGGCCUGCGAGCAGAGAGGAAAGUUCAGAUUCUUCUAACAUAGGGAACCAGCCUUCCAGGAGGACGAGAAGGAAGGAAUGAGGGGAAGAGAUGACUACCUCCACCCUUUCCAUCCCGUUGGUCUCCUGGGUCUGGGAGCACUGGGCUCCACCCUCUCCAAACGAACACCUGGCGGUUGGGCGUGCCUCAGUUUCCCGGAGGCGGGGCAUUCCUCCGUCGCCGCCCCCCACCUCCCCUUUUUCCUCUUCCUCUUGGGGCAUCUGCUGCCGCGCCUGUAGCACUCCCGGAACUGGAACUAGGUGCCAGACGGUCCGGAGGCGGGGGCCACGUCAGCGGGGCCACCCAGGGCUCGCGGGGUCCCGGUGGGUGCCAUGCGGAGGGGCGCGCUUCUGGCGGGCGCCUUGGCCGCGUACGCCGCGUACCUGGUGUUGGGCGCGCUGUUGGUGGCGCGGCUGGAGGGGCCGCACGAAGCCAGGCUCCGAGCCGAGCUGGAGACGCUGCGGGCGCAGCUGCUUCAGCGCAGCCCGUGUGUGGCUGCCCACGCCCUGGACGCCUUCGUGGAGCGAGUGCUAGCGGCCGGACGGCUGGGGCGGGUCGUGCUUGCUAACGCUUCGGGGUCCGCCAACGCCUCGGACCCCGCCUGGGACUUCGCCUCUGCUCUCUUCUUCGCCAGCACGCUGAUCACCACCGUGGGCUAUGGGUACACAACGCCACUGACUGAUGCGGGCAAGGCCUUCUCCAUCGCCUUUGCGCUCCUGGGCGUGCCGACCACCAUGCUGCUGCUGACCGCCUCAGCCCAGCGCCUGUCACUGCUGCUGACUCACGUGCCCCUGUCUUGGCUGAGCAUGCGUUGGGGCUGGGACCCCCGGCGGGCGGCCUGCUGGCACUUGGUGGCCCUGUUGGGGGUCGUAGUGACCAUCUGCUUUCUGGUGCCGGCUGUGAUCUUCGCCCACCUCGAGGAGGCCUGGAGCUUCUUGGAUGCCUUCUACUUCUGCUUUAUCUCUCUGUCCACCAUCGGCCUGGGCGACUACGUGCCCGGGGAGGCCCCUGGCCAGCCCUACCGGGCCCUCUACAAGGUGCUGGUCACAGUCUACCUCUUCCUGGGCCUGGUGGCCAUGGUGCUGGUGCUGCAGACCUUCCGCCAUGUGUCCGACCUCCACGGCCUCACGGAGCUCAUCCUGCUGCCCCCUCCGUGCCCUGCCAGUUUCAAUGAGGAUGAGGACGAUCGGGUGGACAUCCUGGGCCCCCAGCCGGAGUCACACCAGCAACUCUCUGCCAGCUCCCACACUGACUACGCUUCCAUCCCCAGGUAGCUGGGGCAGCCUCUGCCAGGCUUGGGUGUGCCUGGCCUGGGACUGAGGGGUCCAGGAGACCAGAGCUGGCUGUACAGGAAUGUCCACGAGCACAGCAGGUGAUCUUGAGGCCUUGCCGUCCACCGUCUCUCCUUUGUUUCCCAGCAUCUGGCUGGGAUGUGAAGGGCGGCACUCCCUGUCCCCAUGUCCCGGGCUCCACUGGGCACCAACAUAACCUUGUUCUCUGUCCUUUCUCUCAUCCUCUUUACACUGUGUCUCUCUGGCUCUCUGGCAUUCUCGCUGUCUCUGUCUUUCCCUCUUGCUGUCUCUGUUUCUCAUUCUCUUUCAUGUUCUGUCUGUGUCUCUCAAUUAACCACUCGUCAACUGCUGAUUCUACUGGGCUGUGGGCUCAGACCUCAUUUCAGGCACCAGAUUGGUCGCUACACCCUGGACAAGUGACUGCCCGUCUCUGAGCCUUGAUUUCCUCGGCUGCCAAAUGGGAAGAAUAGAAGAAUUUGCCCCUAAACCCCUCCUGUGUGCUGGCCCUGUGCUAGACAGUGCUGGAGACAUAGUUGGGGGUGGAGAACUGCCCUUAUGGAGCUUGCAGUCCAGUGAGGUGGACAGACCUGUCCCCAGACAGUGAUGGCCCAAAAUGGUCAGGACUUUAAUGGAGGAGGUGAGGUGUUGAAAGCACAGGCAGAGUGGUCAGGGCUGAAGUUGGAGAAGCACAGGGACUAGGCCCAAUCCAGCCUGGAAAGUCAGGGAGGACUUCCUGGAGGAAGGGACAUCAAACUAAGACCUGAACUAUGAGAAACAGGCAGGAAGAAGUUGUACCUGACUCAUUUUUCUCAGGUGUCUCCAGGGAGCAGGACCCAUGGCGGGACCCCUGGUAUAGGCCUGGGCGAUAGACUUCCUCAGCAGCCUGGCAGGCAGGAAACAGACAUAGGAUCCCAGCCCAGAUCUGAAUGGCAUGGGAGGUGCUGCCCUUAACCAUGACACCAUUGUAAGAGCUGUCCACAUUUGUAUGUUGUGCCCUGGAAUCAGCCUGGUUGAGCUCAAAUCCCAACUUAGCCACGUCUGGCCUGUGUCCUUGGGCAGUCACACUACCUCUCUGAUUUUGUUUCCUUAUCUGUAAAAUGGUGAUCAUCAUAAUACGACUUCAAAAGGAUUUCAGGCUGAGUGUGGUGGCUCACGCCUAUACGCCCAGCACUUUGGAAGGCUGAGGAAGGAGGAUCGCUUGAGGCCAGGAGUUUGAGACUAGCCUAGGCAACACAGUGAGGCCUUAUCUCAACAACAACCACAAAAUCUAAAAAUUAGCUGGGUGUGGUGGUGCAUGCCUGUGAUCCUGGCUACUUCAGAGGCUGAGGUGGAAGGAUCACUUGAGGCCAGGAGUUUGAGGCUGCGGUGAGUUAUGACGGCACUGCUGCACUCCAGCCUGGGGGACAGAGUGAGACCCUGUCUGAAAGAAAGAGAGAAAGAAAGAAAGAGAGAAAGAAAGAAAGAAAGGGAAAGAUGGAAGGAAGGAAGGAAAAAGAAAGAGAAAGAGAGAGAGAAAAGUAAGAAAGAAAAAAAGAAAAAGAAAGAAAGUAAGUAAGUCCUGGCUAACAUGGUGAAACCCCGUCUCUACUAAAAAUACAAAAAAUUAGCCAGGCGAGGUGGCAGGCGCCUGUAGUCCCAGCUACUCGGGAGGCUGAGGCAGGAGAAUGGCGUGAACCCCGGGGGGCGGAGCCUGCAAUGAGCCGAGAUCGCGCCACUGCAUCAUCCAACCUGGGUGACAGCGAGACUCCGUCUCAAAAAAAAAAAAAAAAGAAGAAAGAAAGAAAAGAAAAGAAGGAAAGAAGCGGGGCACAGUGGCUCAGUCCUGUAAUCCCAGCACCUUGGGAAGGCCAAGGUGGGAAGAUCACUUGAGGCUAGGAGUUUGAGACCAGCCUGGCCAACAUAGCAAGACCCCAUCUCUACAAAAAUAAAAAGUUAAAAAAGGGCUGGGGCAUUUGAGCUGGGUCCCAACAGUAGACAAGUAGAAAAGGCAUGGAGAGGGCAUACCAGGUGGGAGGAGCUGUGUGCAAAGGCCUGGAGAUGGAAAAGCAUGCUGGCCACCAGCUUCUGACAAGCAGUUUAGUAUGAACGGUAUGCAGGGAAAGAGGGAAGGAGGGCAGGGGGUGGGCACGAGCACCCCUUAGUGUCCUUAAAUGACCAGCAUGGGAACCUGGUCUCUUUCCUGAGGGCCCUAGAGAGCCAUGGAAGGGUUUAGAGUAGGAGAGGGUCAUGGUUAGGUUUGGGUUUUAGGAUGAUCCCUCUAGUUGCUCUGGAGAGGUGGAGCACAGCGGGUACUGAGGCUGGGUGCCUGUGGGAGGCUGAGGCAGGAAUGAAGAGGGAGACGAUGGGCCUGGGCUGAGCCAUGGAAGGGAGGAGGGGUGAGUGCGGGCACACUCAGGAGCCAAGUGGACAGGCCAUAGCCCCCACAGACUGGAGGGACGCGGCUAGGGAAGGUCCCACAGAGUGGCCAGUUAUCCCUGAGAUGGGGACCUGGGAGAAAGAGCAGGUUUUAGCGGAGACGCUGAGGCUGCUUUAGAAUAUGGUGGGUGUGUGGGGCAAAAGGGACACCCAGGGGUGUAUCAAGAGGUCAUAGGGGGCAGGCCAGGUGGCUCACGCCUGUAAUCCCAGCACUUUGUGAGGCCGAGGCAGGUGGAUCACCUGAGGUCAGGAGUUCAAGACCAGCCUGGCCAACAUGGUGAAACCCCAUCUCUACUAAAAAUACAAAAAUUAGCUGGGUGUGGUGGCACAUGCCUGUAGUCCCAGCUACUUGGGAGGCUGAGACAGAAUUGCUUGGACCUGGGAGGUGGCGGCUGCAGUGGGCCGAGAUCACACCACUGUACUCCAGCCUGGGCGAGACAGAGACUCUGUCUCAAAAAAAAAAAAAAAAAAAAAAAAAGUCAUAGGGGCUGGGCAUAGUGGCUCUCACCUAUAAUCCUAGCAAAUCGUAGUACUUUGGGAGGCCGAGGCAGGAGGAUUGCCUGAGCCCGGGGGUUCAAGACCAGCCUGAGCAACAUAAAAUACAAAAAAUACAAAAAUUAGCUGGGUUUGGUGGUGUGCACUUGUGGUCCCAGCUACUCAGGAGGCUGAAGUGGGAGGAUCACUUGAGCCUGGGAGGUCAAGGCUGCAGUGAGCUGUGAUUGCAUCACUGUACUCCAGCUUGGGUGACAGAGCAAGACCCUGUCUCAAAAAGAAAAAAAGAAAAAGAAAAUAUGUAUAUUGGAUAUACUAUGUGCCAGGCACGAUUCCAAGCCCCUGAUACAUUCUCUACAUUUUACAGAUGGGGCAAGGAGGUCCAGAGAUGUUAAAUACUUGCCCAAGGUCACACAGAAAGUGGAACACUGGGAUUUGAACAAGGUUUUGGUUGGGCAUCUUUUCCUACGGGAGCGCAGAAAUAUCUGUUGUCUAGCCCUUUCUCAGCCUCCUAACCUUCUCGGUUCCUUACCUAUGUCACAGCUGACUUUGAGCUAAAGUCAUCUCGGGGCAGCUAGGUGCCUAUGUGAGCUGGCGUUCAUUUCUCACUGUUUCUCCUUCCAAAUACCUCCAGGAAGAAAAGCAAGUCCUUUUCGGUCCAAGACAUUAAAAAAGCCAGGCUCAGUGGCUCAUGCCUGUAAUCCCAACACUUGGGGAGGCUGAGGCAGGAGGAUCGCUUGAGCCCGGGAGCUGGAGACCAGCCUGGACAUGUUAACAUAGCAAGACCCCUGUACAGAAAAUGUUAAAAAUGAGCUGGGUGUGGUGGCGCACACCUGUAGUCCCAGUUACCCAGGAGGAUGAGGCAGGAGGAUCACUUGAGCCUAGGAGGUUGAGGCUGCAGUGAGCCAUGAUCACACCACUGGACUCCAGCCUGGGCCACAGAGCAAGACCCUGUCCUAGGAGAAAAAAAAGGGCCAGGCACAGUGGCUCACGCCUGUAAUUCCAGUACUUUGGGAGGCCGAGGUGGGCGGAUCACCAGGUCAGGAGAUCAAGACCAUCCUGGCUAACACAGUGAAACCUGUCUCUACUAAAAAUACAAAAAAUUAGCUGGGUGCGGUGGCACGCACCUGUGAUCCCAGCUACUCGGGAGGCUGAGGCAGGAGAAUCACUUGAACCCGGGAGGUGGAGGUUGCAGUGAGCCAAGAUCCCACCAUUGCACUCCAGCCUGGGAGACAGAGCGAGACUCUGUCUCAGAAAAAAAAAAGAAAGAAAAGAGUGUGUGCUAAAAAAUUCAUCAGGUACUAAAGAGCGUACAGUGGAAAGUAAGUCUCCUACACUCAGAUCAUGGAUGGAUGUCUCAGGUCUUCCCAGGCACAUUCGAUGUAUGUACCAGCCAUAUGCAUGUGUGUGUCAUUUAUUUUUCACUCUACACAAGUAGUACCUAAUAUGGUGAGGUUGUUAUGAUUACAGACUCUGGAGGCAAAGUUCCUGGGUAUAAAUCUGAACUCUGUCACUCCCAAGCUAAGUGGCUUUGGGCAAGUGAUUUCACCUCCAUGUGCCUCAGUUUGCUAGUCUGUACAAUGGGAUGGUAACAGCACCUACCUCAUGGACUUGAGAAGUCAGCAACUUCAUACCUGUAAAGCCCUUAGAGCUAGCAGUGUGUGGCACUCAAUAAAAUGUUGACUAAUGAUGAUUCUCACUUCUGUACUAUGCUUUUUCAUACCAAUUAUAAAUAUUAAUAUUUUAAUGUCACCUUUUA